AUGCCCCCGAAUAAGGAUGCCCCAGGUUGCCUCGGCUCCCCUCCCGGCCUGAUCUGUUUGCCCCCUAUCUCAGAAGACCUCCAGCUGGUCUGGACGCAAGCAGCACAGACGAGCGAACUCGAUGGCAACCAGCACCUUCUACAGACUUUCAGCUACUUCCCAUACCCCAGCCUUUCUGACCUGGCCUUGCUCUGCUUGCGUCACGGGCUGCACAUGGAGAAGGUCAAGGCCUGGUUCAUGGCCCAGCGGCUACGCUGUGGCAUCAGCUGGAGCGCGGAGGAGAUUGAGGAGACUCGGGCUCGCCUCAUUUACCACCAGGACCAGCUCCAUUUCAGUUGUCUGCUCGAUGGGAAUGGCGAUGGCUCCUGGCCUCAGUCUUGUAAGAGCCAGGACUACCACCAGCCAGCACCGGCCUCUCUGCACCACCCUGUUGAAUAUGAGAACCAGCAAUGUGACAUCACUUCCUCCAGCCAUUACCUCACUACCCAGGGAACGAGGGAACUUGGGAGAAUCAGUCAGGACUUCUGGGAACAGAAAGGGAAUGGCUUCUCCCACCCUAGCAACGCUCAGGGGAACUGUGAAUCUGCUUUCCAUCGUAACACCAAAGAGACCCUUUCCAGUGCGUUCCUACCCACCGCAACCGCUGGCCUGGAUUACAAACUCCAGAACUCUCACGCAGCGGCCUGGGGCCUCACCAAAGCCCCCCCACAGCCAUCAGAACCGACUGUCGCAUCGGCCGUGAACGGCAAACACCACCCAGUGAUUCCUCCGGCACGCUCCUCCGUCAGAGCUUCCCCGUCGUCAUCUACGGCGACUUCUGUUGAAUCGUGCAACUUCCAGAAUGAUCAGCACCCCGCGCGCGACCAGCAGCAGGUUUCAGGUUGCCUCUCGGAUACUUUGCGCAAACCCAGGCGAAAGACCAAGGAACAGCUGGACAUGUUGAAAUCCUUCUUCCUUCACUGUCAGUGGGCCCGGCGGGAGGAUUAUCACCACCUGGAGAAGGUCACCGGGCUGCCGCGGGCCGAGAUCAUCCAGUGGUUCGGCGAUACUCGCUACGCCCUCAAACACGGUCAGCUGAAAUGGUUUCGGGACAACGCGGGGCAGAUUUCAGAGCCUGCCUCCUGGCCUCCUCAGCCGUCCCAACCUAGUCUUCCAGACACAAAACAGUUGGAGCGAUACUGGGAAGCCUGUCCACAACUGCUGGAUAAUGACUUGCCGUCGCUUUGUCAGGAAUCAGGUCGCUGUCAUUCGCCAGCACCGUAUGAAGUGGAGGUGUGUUUGGAGGACGAUGAGGACGAUGAGGAGGUGAGAGCGGCUAUGUUAAGAGAGGAAGAGGGAGACUAUGAAGAAGAAGACUAUGAAGAAGACGAUGAUGAUGAUUGCACUAUGUAG